UAAAAAGAGUUUGGAUCAACUUCCCAAUUGAUCCAAUUGGGUUUGAACAAAGUUUGAUUGGGUCAUAAAAAAAAACUAUUGAUAAAAUGAACAAAACGCUGAGUUUAAUCCAUUUGUUUUAUUCAUCCUCUGCAGCCAUUCUCAUCCAGAAUCCAAGAGAAUAGCAAAAUCCCCAACUCUCCAGUCACAGCCACAAGCAACUCUUCAAUGACAGCCACCGGCAUCAUUUAUUUCACGGAGAGAGGGCAGAGAUAGUUUCAGUUUUGGGAGCUGAAGAUUAGUUCGAGAAGUCACGUAAAGAGGGUCAGAGAGAGAGAGAGAGAGAGAGAGUCUUUGCUGCUCGAUCUCACUGUCUUAACAUUCACCGCCUUUACUAAUCACUGCCGUGACCGUGACCCAAAAAAGCUGCAAUUUUUAGAGCCUAAAAGAGGGAGAACUGAGGUUUUCUUUUCUGUUUUAUACCGCAACUCUGUGCAGCCAUUCCGUUUAUUCUCCAGCAAGACAGACACUAAGAAAGAUGUCAUUGUCUCGAAUUUCGAGGAUCACCAGAAAUGGCAGCCGUUGGUUUCUCUCUCAUCAACCCUCAUCAUAUGGAUUCUUGCUCUCCAACAAUUCUCACUCUUCUACUCCAAAGGUUUUUAGUUGCAGAGAAACUUAUUCAUGGACUGUACCUUCCUUGCAUGUUUUCAAACAUCAAAUUCAUCACCAGAGCAGCUCCUUAGUGGAGGAACAACUUGACCCGUUUUCACUUGUUGCUGAUGAGCUAUCAGUUCUUGCUAAUAGAUUGCGGUCAAUGGUAAUUGCUGAGGUACCUAAGCUUGCCUCAGCCGCUGAGUACUUUUUCAAAUUGGGAGUAGAAGGAAAGAGGUUCCGUCCCACGGUUUUGUUGCUGAUGGCAACAGCUUUGAAUGUGCGUAUACUCGAAACAACAACUAGCGGUGUAGAAACAACAGCUAGGGGUGUAGGAGAUGCUUUGACAACAGAACUACGAAAAAGACAGCAAUCUAUAGCUGAAAUUACCGAGAUGAUCCAUGUGGCGAGUCUUCUGCAUGAUGAUGUGUUGGAUGAUGCAGAUACGAGACGUGGUAUUGGUUCGUUAAAUUUUGUUAUGGGCAAUAAGGUGGCAGUACUAGCUGGAGAUUUUCUACUUUCACGAGCUUGUGUAGCCCUUGCUUCUUUGAAAAACACAGAAGUUGUUACAUUACUAGCGACAGUUGUAGAGCAUCUUGUUACUGGUGAAACUAUGCAGAUGACUUCAACAUCUGAGCAACGUUGUAGCAUGGAGUAUUAUAUGCAAAAGACGUACUACAAGACAGCAUCUUUGAUUUCAAAUAGCUGCAAGGCAAUUGCCCUUCUUGCAGGGCAAACAACAGAAGUUGCAAUGUUGGCUUUUGAGUACGGCAAAAAUCUGGGAUUGGCAUAUCAAUUGAUUGAUGAUGUUCUCGAUUUCACAGGCACUUCUGCUUCCCUGGGAAAGGGUUCAUUAUCUGACAUUCGCCAUGGAAUUGUAACAGCUCCAAUGUUAUUUGCUAUGGAGGAGUUCCCUCAGUUGCGUUCAGUUAUUGACUGGGGCUUUGAUAAGCCUGAAAACAUUGAUGUUGCCCUUGAGUACCUUGGGAAGAGCCGUGGAAUACAGAGAACAAGGGAGCUAGCUGCAAAGCAUGCGAACCUGGCUGCAGCAGCAAUUGAUUCUUUACCUGAAACUGAUGAUGAAGAAGUAAGAAAAUCACGGAGGGCACUAGUUGAUCUUACUCAAAGAGUAAUCACAAGAAAUAAAUGACAGAAUAUGAAUUCUAGCAACAUAAAUAAAUGACAAUUUGAAUUCUAGCAACAGUGUACUAGAUUCGUGCUUGUUUUUCAUUUUAUUGUUCCUGCAUUUGAGGGCCAAUCUGCCCUCUUGCUCCAAAUUAAUUUAUUCAAUUACAUAAAUUUUAGUUCCAUAA